AUGCCCAAAGGCCCUCGCACGGCUGAGGUGUCGCGGCGCCUCGUAGACGCCUACGUGACGGCAUUACGCCAGCACCUCCCAACGUACUGCAUUCGUCAGCUCGACAAACUGCCGAGGGCGCAGGAACGCCAGCUUACUCGUCUACGCCAGUCCUACCCCGGCACCCCGGCGGAGCUGCUGUACCUUCUUCAGCGUGUGAACGGAACGUGCUGGGAGACGCUGCACGCCCCGCCGGGCUCCGUGCCACCGUCGGCUGCUGCGGCGCAGCCGCAUUCGACGUCGGCGAGUGCGAUGGUGACUAUGUCCGCAGGGGAAAGCGGUAGUGUGGCAUCCACCACGUCUACCGCCACCACCACGACAGCAAGGCCGGCGGCAGCCGGCGCGUCGCCUACGGCGCCGACCUACAAGACGGCCGCGAAGAGCUCCACCAAGGCGACGGCUGCUGCUGCGAUGGCCUCCGAGGCGGCAGCCUUUAUAAAGUCACAGAUCGCCAAGAAGGUGCACACAAUGGCCGGGCCGCGGCAGCGUCGCCCGCUCCCGCAUUUUGUCGCUCUGCCCAUCCUCGGCUCCACAUACACGAGCUGCCCAUACUACCUCAAGUCGGUGGAGCAGAUGCUGGUGGCAGAGCAGCAGUUCCCGCCGCCUCCUGCUACGCUGCCCGAUGAAAGCGAGGGGUGGGCCCCCCCAACGGCAGCCGCUGCAACCCAAUCGUCGUCGCCACCGCCUUCUUCCACACCAAAGCCGUCUUCGCCGGCGUCCACCGCCACCGCAGACGGGGGGUUGCGUGACGCUGCGUGUGUGACAGCGCAGUGCAGUGGCGAGGGCGGUGCAGCGGGCGACGCGCCACCGUCUGCCGCGAGCUGUGUUACGCCCAAAGCGCACUCCAUCGCUUCCGUGUACUCGGGGUACAAGAUUAUUUACGGCGCUCCUCCGCCGCCGCCGCCAUCGUCGCUCCACGCCGGCAGCGCGUUGAACGCAGGAGCAUCGUAUGGCGCCCCUGCUGGCGAUGCAAAGACAUCCUUUGCGACGACGCCGACGCCGUUCAGCGAGGAGCCGUGUGUUGUCUAUGUGGACCCUCGCAUCGAUAUCCACGCCAGCUUUCACCAGUGGCUCGUGUUUGCUGACAGCGUGCAACCGCACGUGCGGGGCUCAGCCCCGAUAAUCCCAGAUGCUGAUCCUGCCAAGAUGACAGCGGCUGCUGCGACGAGGAAUACAGCGGACAGCUCAGGGUUCGCUCCUGCGCGGACCCCGUCCCAUGCACGUACGCCGCCGUCACCGCCGAAACACUUUGCUACCUCGCGACUCUACAUCGACUUCAAGCCUGCCGAGCUUCACGGUGGCGUGUAUGGGCAGGUGAUCCAGUUCGUGCAUGGGAAUCCGGACAGCUUCUCCGUCGUGGCAAGCGACUUCGGGGAGUACUUGAAGUACAUUAUGACGGAGGAGUACGGCUUCACAGAGGAACUCGAGGAGGACGACGAUGAUGAGGGUGUCCUUGUGCCGGAAGAAAACCACGACACGCCGCCUCUGACGGGGCCAACCCCACCCAUCAUCACAUCCGCUGACGGUCGCCCACUAACGUCACCGACUUCAUCGUUGGCAGACGUGCAGAAGAAGCGGUAG